AACAAAUCAAUAUAUAAAUAUUCCAAAGCAAGUUAACCGUACUGUUGUAUUUUCCACUAUUAGAUAACAUGAAACUUCUCGUAAUAUUCUCUGUGGUUUUCCUCAUUCCGUUGGUUUUCGCUGCAAAAACCAAGAGAGAAUGUGUAUGCUUCGAAGAAUUCGAACCAGAAGAAGAAGACGGCGAAGCUCUUUGUAGAGGCGUGAAACAUUACAGAAUUUUCGAGUGUGGCGAGGAAAAACCUCCAAGGUGCGAAUGCCACAAAAACGGAAAAUCCUUCAUUAUGGAUAUAGGUGAAACGAACUGUCCUGGUACCGGAGAUCACUUAAAUUGCUUACCGACCAAUGUAUGGAUUCAAUAUUACAGGAGACAUCCUUCUCGCAGAAGGAAACUUCUUCUAAUAUUCUCUGUGGUUUUUGUCAUUCCGUUGGUUUUCGCUGCAAAAACCAGGAAAGAAUGUGUAUGCUUCGAAGAAUUCGAACCUGAAGAAGAAAACGGCCAGCCGCUUUGUAGAGGCGUGAAAAAUUUCAGAAUUUUCGAGUGUGGCGAAGAAAAACCUCCAAGGUGCGAAUGUCACAAAAACGGAAGAACCACCAUUAUGGAUAUAGGUGAAACAACCUGUGCUGGUAAAGGAGAUCACAUUAAUUGCACACCGACCAAUGUAUGGAAUGAAUACUACAGGAAGCACCCUUUUCGCAGAAGGUACA